CUCCCUGCACUGUUGGGGUGAGACGACUGAACGCGAAGCUCCUGCGAUCUCUGGAGAGGGAAGGGCGCGUUCGUUCUCCCCUGAUUUCCAGGGUCGGUUUCCUACGGGGCCUUCGGGAUCCCCGGAGAGCUCUGCCUUUCCUGGAAGGACCCAGGAACGCCGGUUCUUCCAAAGUGCUCUCGCUCUCAGACGCGCGGCGGUGAGGGGUGCGAAGGCGGAGCCAACGGGCUGCAGACGCCCUCCCCGAGGUGCCGCCCUCGCCCGCCUUCCCAGCACCUUGGGGAGUUGCGUGAAGAGCGGGAUCCCCCCUCUCAAUGAAAGGCAGAUGUCCCUUUAAGGUUGGCUUUUCUGCUCGCGGACUUUAGCCUAAACACGGGCUGGCGGAGCUGGCUUUAUUUGUCCAUGUCUCGGACGGGGCCUGGGAGUCUGCCAGUGGCAUUUCAGAGCCCAGGAGCCCGAAGGGGCGGGAGAUGUGGCAAUCCUUCUGGGAUGUGAAAAGCGUGCAGCGGACUUAGAGACACUGUGGAAAACACAGGAAAUCACUGCGGAUUCUGGGCGCCUCUGCAGACCCGGGUCAGACCCAGCCCCCGCGGCGGCCGGCGGAGUGGCCAGCAGCAGAGAGCGCCCGGCUCCCGCGCCCGGACGGUCCCACCAGCUCCAGCGCCACCCCGAUCCGCACGUCCCCGGGCAACGUUGCCCUUCUGCCACCAUGGCCCCUCGACGCCGCGCCGGCCCAGAGGUCGCUGUCGCCUGCUGCUGGCUCUUCACGGUUCUUCUAGGCGUCUGCAUAUCAUUCAAUGUUGAUGUGAAAAAUUCAAUGACUUUCAGCGGCCCAGUGGAGGACAUGUUUGGAUAUACUGUUCAACAAUAUGAAAAUGAAGAAGGAAAAUGGGUGCUCAUUGGUUCUCCAUUGGUUGGUCAACCCCAGAAUAGAACUGGAGAUGUCUAUAAGUGUCCAGUUGGGAGAGGCGAAUCAUUACCUUGUGUGAAGUUGGAUCUACCGGUGAAUAUUUCAAUUCCCAAUGUCACAGAAGUAAAAGAAAAUAUGACGUUUGGAGCAACUUUAGUCACUAACCCAAAGGGAGGGUUUCUGGCAUGUGGUCCCUUAUAUGCCUAUAGGUGUGGUCAUUUGCAUUACACAACUGGAAUCUGUUCUGAUGUCAGCUCCACAUUUCAAGUUGUGAACUCCAUUGCCCCUGUUCGAGAAUGUAGCACUCAGUUGGACAUAGUCAUAGUGCUGGAUGGUUCCAAUAGUAUUUACCCAUGGGAGAAUGUUACAUCAUUUUUAAAUGACCUGAUUGAAAGAAUGGAUAUUGGUCCUAAACAAACACAGGUUGGAAUAGUACAGUAUGGAGAAAAUGUAACGCAUGAGUUUAACCUCAAUAAGUACUCAUCGACAGAAGAUGUGCUUGUGGCAGCAAGUAAAAUAGUCCAGAGAGGUGGCCGCCAGACCAUGACUGCUCUUGGAAUAGACACAGCAAGAAAGGAGGCUUUCACUGUAGCCCGUGGUGCCCGACGAGGUGUUAAAAAAGUCAUGGUAAUUGUGACUGACGGAGAGUCCCAUGACAACCACCGCCUUAAGAAGGUUAUCCAAGACUGUGAGGAUGAAAACAUUCAACGCUUUUCCAUAGCAAUUCUUGGCAGCUAUAACCGAGGAAAUUUAAGCACAGAAAAAUUUGUGGAGGAAAUAAAAUCAAUUGCAAGUGAGCCCACUGAAAAGCAUUUCUUCAACGUCUCUGAUGAAGCGGCUCUAGUCACUAUUGUUGAAGCUCUGGGAGAAAGAAUAUUUGCCCUGGAAGCCACAACUGACCAGUCAGCAGCUUCAUUUGAAAUGGAAAUGUCACAGACAGGCUUCAGUGCUCAUUAUUCACAGGAUUGGGUCAUGCUUGGAGCAGUAGGAGCCUAUGACUGGAAUGGAACAGUCGUCAUGCAGAAGGCUGACCAAAUCAUCAUCCCACAAAACAACACCUUUAAUCUUGAGUCCACCAUAAAGAAUGAACCUCUUGCUUCUUAUUUAGGUUACACAGUGAACUCCGCCACUGUUUUUGGUGAUGUGAUCUAUAUUGCGGGACAACCACGGUACAAUCACACAGGCCAAGUGGUUGUCUACACCAUGGAAGGCGGAGACAUCAAAAUUCUUCAAACACUACGUGGAGAACAGAUAGGUUCCUACUUUGGCAGCGUUUUAACAACCAUCGACAUUGAUAAAGAUUCUUAUACUGACGUGCUUCUUGUGGGAGCACCCAUGUACAUGGGCACAGAGAAGGAGGAGCAAGGAAAAGUGUAUGUGUACACACUCAAUCAGACGAGGUUUGAAUAUCAAAUGAGCCUGGAACCCAUUAAGCAGUCUUGCUGCUCAUCUCUGAAGCACAAUUCUUGCACAAAGAAAAACAAAAAUGAACCGUGUGGGGCUCGUUUUGGAACAGCUAUUGCAGCUGUGAAAGAUCUCAACCUGGAUGGGUUUAAUGACAUCGUGAUCGGAGCUCCCCUAGAAGACGACCACGGAGGAGCCGUGUACAUUUACCACGGAAGCGGCAGGACUCUCAGGAAACGGUUCGCGCAGCGUAUUCCUUCAGGUGGAGAUGGAGAGACGCUGAAAUUUUUUGGCCUGUCCAUCCACGGAGAAAUGGAUUUAAAUGGGGAUGGACUAACGGAUGUGACCAUCGGGGGCCUUGGUGGUGCUGCCCUCUUCUGGUCUCGGGAUGUGGCUGUAGUUAAAGUGACCAUGAAAUUUGAACCCAAUAAAGUGAAUAUUCAAAAGAAAAACUGCCGUAUGGAAGGAAAGGAAACAGUAUGCAUAAAUGCUACCGUGUGUUUUGAUGUGAAAUUAAAGUCCAAAGAAGACACUGUUUAUAAAGCUGAUAUGCAGUACCGUGUCACACUGGAUUCACUAAGACAGAUAUCUCGAAGUUUCUUCAUAGGAACCCAAGAGAGAAAGAUUCAAAGAAACAUCACAGUUCUAAAAUCAAAAUGCACUAAACAUUCCUUCUACAUGUUGGACAAGCAUGACUUCCGGGACUCUGUGAGAAUAACUGUGGAUUUUAAUCUCAGUGAUCCAGAAAAUGGGCCCAUCCUUGAUGGUGAUUUGCCAAAUUCAGUACAUGAACACAUUCCCUUUGCCAAAGACUGUGGAAACAAGGACAGAUGUAUCUCAGACCUUGCCCUGGAUGUGUCCACCACAGAGAAAGACUUGCUUAUUGUCAAGUCUCACAACGAUAAACUCAACAUUAGCCUUACAGUCAAAAAUAAAAAAGACAGUGCCUAUAACACCAGAACCAUAGUAAAUUAUUCUCCAAAUCUAAUUUUUUCAGGAAUUGAGGCAAUCCAAAAAGACAGUUGUGAAUCCAAUCAUAACAUCACAUGUAAAGUUGGCUAUCCUUUCCUGAGAAAAGGAGAAGUGAUAACUUUCAAAAUAUUAUUUCAAUUUAACACAUCUAAUCUUAUGGAAAAUGUGGUCAUUCAUUUGAGCACAACAAGUGACAGUGAAGAACCGCCUGAAACUCUUUAUGAUAAUGAAGUCAACAUUUCCAUCCCCGUAAAAUAUGAAGUUGGAUUACAGUUUUAUGGUUCUGCAAGUGAGUACCACAUUUUAAUUGGUGUCAAUGACACAGUUCCUGAAGUUAUUAACUCUACUGAAGACAUAGGAGAUGAAAUUAAUAUAUUUUAUUUGAUUAGAAAAACUGGGCAUUUUCCGAUGCCAGAACUUAAGCUGUCAAUUUCAUUUCCCAAUCUGACCUCAGACGGCUACCCUGUACUCUACCCAAGUGGAUGGUCCUCUUCUGAUAAUGCAAACUGCAGGCCUAAUGACCUUCAGGAUCCAUUUCAUAUCAACUCUGGGAAGGAAAUGAUCAUAUCCAAAUCCGAAGAUCUCAAACGAGGCACAAUUUCGGACUGUAGUACCUGUAAAUUUGCUACUAUCACAUGUGAUCUCAUUCCUUCUGAUAUGACCCAAAUGAACAUUUCACUUAUCUUAUGGAAACCAACUUUUAUAAAAGCACAUUUUUACAGUUUUAAUCUUACUGUAAGAGCAGAACUUCAAAGUGAAAAUGCAUCACUGAUUUUAAGCUCUGGCAAUAAAAAGAGAGAGCUUGCUAUUCAAAUAUCCAAAGACGGUCUGCCAGGCAGAGUGCCAUUGUGGGUUAUCCUAUUGAGUGCUUUUGCCGGAUUAUUGUUGCUAAUGUUGCUUAUAUUAGCACUGUGGAAGAUUGGAUUCUUCAAAAGACCGCUAAAGAAGAAAAUGGAAAAAUAAAGUAUUUUACAAGAUAAGAAAAUUAGCACCAAUUCAAUGAUUUUUCCUCAGGUUUGCCUCAAAUAUGUGACAAGAAAUUUUUAUAUAUAAUUAAAGACAUAGUCACAUAUCUUUCUGUAAUCCAUCAGGGAUUAAUUACUUGGAAAAUUACAGAUCAAGCAUGAUGCAAAAACAAUACCAUGAAGAUAUAUUUUAUUAAAUGAUGAAAAUAUUUUUAAAGAAUUACUCAUUUUUGUUGAGUAAGCAAAAUUACAAAGUGUUUUGAAGAUGAAGUACAACCUAUAUAAAUAUGUUUAUAUAUAAGUCACCAAAAGAUUUAAGUAAUACAUGAAAAAGAUUUUUAUAAUUACUAAAACAUUCUUUUCAAAGCAAUAUAAAUUGAAAUUUUCCCCCAUGAUUCCUGAUGGACAUUCCUAUUCAGUACAAAAAUCAGCAUUUAUAAAAGACAAGAAAGAAGUUACCUGAAAAAGAUCAUGUCUCCCAAUUCAAAUGAGAAAAAUUUCCCAUGGUAGAGUCUAUAUGUAGUAUGAACUUUAAAAGUAGAAUUAAAUAACAGAGAAAAUAUUCAGCAUCUUUGUGUUGGGUUCCGCACUUUGAAAGUUUUCUUCCUAAGAUGUUUGGAAAAUAGAGCAAAUUGCGUUGAAAUUUAAUCUAGGAUGAAAACCAAGACAGACUUUGUAAAAGCAAAUGAACUAAGUGGAUUAAUUUAAGCUCGUAUAGAACACACUUUGUUUUGAUAUGGAGCUGUAAAAGUAAAAGCUUUUAUAUUGAAAAAACAAGUUUUGUGUGACAUAACACUGAUUUUUCAACCAAGUUCAUGUCGUCGUCUGGAGGGUAGCUAAAAUGGUUUCUGACUGGAAGUGAGACCAAUGCUACUGAAAUGCUGAAAUCUUCUUCUCGGAGAAGCUUUUAAGCAUUAGGGAUCCCAGGAUGCAAACCCAAGUAGGAGCUUUUUCAGCUCCUUGGUACAUGGUUCAUUCAAACCCUCAAACUGUGAGAGUGUGGUGGGUUUUCAUAGUUUGUUUUAAGAUAUUUAACUUCCUAAACACGUUUCCUAUUUUUAUGAAGAAAAUAAAAACAGUAUUCCAUUUCAAUAUUGUAUUUUUAUCAAGAGGUCACUACUUUUUUGAGUGGGCAUAGUAAUAUUUAAAUAAAACUAAAAAAAAUGUAUUUUAAAGAACUUCAGGUUUAAACGUCGCACCAAUAGGAUAACGUCACAGCUUUUGUAUGUGUUUCUUUGUUCUUGAAGUAACCUCUGUGGCCUUGGACUUGACUGUAACAUAAGCUCCUGGGUUGCUUCAUUUCAGAGGAAAAUGUCAAAGAAUGAAUGUAUAGUUGCUGUAUGUGUGAACUACUGCUGUAAAAUUUGCUGUUACUUCUGCAAAAACUCCACCCCCCUCACCAAUUUACCAUCACAAGACCAGCACCUGUUAUUUCCAGAAAGUCCUGGGCUCUUCUUCUGUCUAAUAACCAACCAAACAACUAAUCAGUGGAGAAAGGAAGUGCCAUUAGCUUUUAGUUUUAAAGUCAAUUUCCAAGAAAUUAUAUGUGGACUCCAAGUCAGCCUGUGUUUUGGUUCUCCAUUUCCACAUCUACCACACUGAUGGUCAUAGCCAAGUGCCUGGGCAGUGCUAUAGCCAUUGGUAGCAAGAAAAGUCUAAAUAUUUCCAGAUAUUUGGUGUCUUUCUGCUAAUUUGUCUUUGCCCAGAAAUUUCCAGUGAAAUUUCCAAGGAAUCACUCCCUUCAAGUUCAAAAGCCAUUGUCUCCACCUACUUUUUCAUUAGAGGGGGAAAAAAAAUUGUAUCAAUUGCCAAUUCACUUAUUCUUUUGCUAUGCUUAUUUUCUAACUACAAAACCACCUAACCAAUUUGCAAAAUUUCUAAAAAUUUAUUUCUACUCCCAUAAACAAGUAAUGGCUGAUUUUGAUACAUCACUGAGAUAAUAUAAUCAAAAAAUAGAAUGUGUUGUUUCUCUUUACACGUACACAAAUCACACAGUUAAAUCAAAUCUCAAAUUUUGCUGGAAAUGGCGAUAUCAUAUCCAACAGACAUAAUGUUACAUAUUUCCCUAUUUUGUAAUUUCUAAAAUUACACUAUUAUUUAAUAUUACUAUUAAUGAAAUGUGAGAGCUUGAAGGAGAGAGAAGUUGAAAACAAAAAAAUAUAUAAGGUAAUACAUUGAAAAUCACAUGUCAGGAACUACAAAACAAAAGUUGUUUCACUCUCUCUAGGACUACUGAGUUCUGGAGUGAUAUUGUGAAAGUUCAUUUUUAAAUGAAUAUAAUCUCUGUGAUCAAUUUGGACUCAAUAUUUAAUUUUUUUAUUUUCUCUAAGCCUAGAUUUCUGAACUAAAUCUCUGAAUAUUUUCCCUAUCAUGGGUCCCUUGAAAAAGGUCUUAAAAAACUUGUUGCAUGUGCAGGCACUAUAAUUUUACCUAUAAAUUCAUUGAUUUAUAUUAUGCAGAUAUGCAUUAUGGGCAUAUGCUUUUUCUUUUAUAGAAAAAAAUGUCUAGGCUUAAAUAAAAUGCAAAUAUUUGCACCAAACUGGAAAGGUGGUUGUGUAGUGUUGGAGUAAAACUGGUUUGCAGGAGAAGCCGUAGAAAGACCUGCCCAUAUUCUCUUUACACAGAGCCUGAAGGACCAUCACCAUAGUUCGCCUGGGUAAAUAACAUCCCAACAGUUAAUAUGGAGUUCGCUUUCUGGCAGAACAAAAUGCAUUUAUCAAUACAUUAUCUACUCUAUGUGAUUUGAUGGUUUUGCUUUGCAUAACACAGAAACUAGGGAAAACCCUUGUCUGGAACAUGGUUCAUGUGUCAAGUACUGUCACGUGCUUAGUCAAAUAAAGAAACCCUAUGCUCUCAAUUUAUUUUAUUUUUAACUCUUCUUGUGUCUCCCUCUAUUGGUCUUCUCCUUCAAGGGUGAUUUUCAGGAAGUCUAUUGGUUCUUUUAUUUCUGUGGCUGCAGGCUUCGAUGCAUUGAUCAUUUAUAGUGCUUGUCUGAUGGAUUGGCAUGGUAGAAUUCAAUAGAGACCAUUUGCAAUGUGCUUCAGUGCUGGAAUAUUUUGAAGAGAUGUGUGAACGCUAAUAGGAUCUGCAUAGCAAUUAUAUCUAGAGUGUUCAAUUCUCCAGGUCUCCAUCAGCAGUCUCCAAGUCCAUCCUCAGCCAUGAAAAUGAUAAUCAAAACAACGUAAAAAAAAAGAGUUUAAUCCUCAAGCUGAUGUCUGGUUUCAGUUGGGGGCCAUACCUGGAGAUGCUCAGGGCUUACUCCUGGUUCUCUGCUCAGGAAUUACUCCUAGCAGGGCUUGGGGCGUCAUACGGAGUGCUGGGGAUUAAAUCCAGUUGGACACUUCCAAGACCCUAUUCUCUACAGUCUCACUCCAGCCCUAACAGAUGUUAUUUUUUAACCAAAAUAUGCCAUCAACUACAAACAUCAGGCAUUUUGGUAUAAAAACGACUUCAGAAUGAAUUCAGCAGACAAAUUCUUCGAGUAAGACUGACCCUACCUAAAUCAGACUCCUGGCCAGAGUGCUGAAAUGCUGCAGCAUAUGAGCUCUGCAGUAGAACAAAAUCAAAGUACAUUACAUUCCAAAAGACUAUUCACUGCCAUUUCCCUCUCUAACCACUGCUCGCAACCCUAUAAAUGUAGAGUGAAAAAGUUAAGAAACUGGAGAGAUAAAGUCCCAGUAUCCAAGUGCUUGGCUUGCAUUUGACCAACUUGGUCUGAUUUCUUCACCAUCACCAGGAGUGACCAGUCACCACAGGGCAUGCACCCCCCCAAAUAACAGAGGAGAGUCAAGAGUUAAAUAGCAGUUAAAUAGUUAAGAGUUAACGUGAUUUGACAAGUCGGUAUCAUUUAUUCUUAUAUUAAGCUUUAACUUGAACUUAACAAGUAACAGCCUUGAAGCAUCAACCAGAAAGAAACCUGAAUCCAAGGUAUGUUAGUUCUUAAGCCCCAGCCCCCAUUGUUCCCAGUGAUGUCUGGCACCCAGGGAUAGGCCAGUUCUUAACCAAUAGGUAUUAACCCUUUUGCCUAUCUGACAGUGAAUUCAAUUCAACUUACCACUGGCACAAUACACACAUUUUCACAUCUCAUGGAAGUGGUACCUAACAAAAAACAUGCAAGAAGGAGUUAUCACUUGUGAGUCUGGAAUCCUGGCUCUGGAAUCAGUUUGAUUUGGUUUGGUUUUUAAUAUGGUUAAACCUUACCCCUGCAGUUAAUGUGUUUGGAAGUUUCCCUUCUGCCUCUUGCGAUUGUCAGUGCCCUGAGAAUUGGGCCGCUGGACUCAGAGCAUUGGCCAGAUCUGCCUUCAGCCUUCAGAUGUGUUCCUUCCCUCAGGCUGCAGUGGAGAGUCUUUAUUUUCACGGAGGCUGCCCUGUCCCAGGCCCUUCUAAGCCUAUGCCCUUGCUGAACUUUGAGCAAUGGUACACUCUUCACGGUGAGCUGACAUGCUGUAAAAACUAUACCAAUACACUAGGGACAUACCUGGAGUUAGCUCUACUCUUAGCACAUUUUAGGUCGCAUCCUUAUGUUAAAAAUAAAAAGACUGUCUAGAACUCCACGUUGGAGGUGUUCUGAAAAAGAUGGAGGUUCAAUCUUUUAUUUCAGUUUGAUCUGUGCACAUGGAUGGUCUACAGAGUUUUCAAAAGGAAUUUCCAAGUAUCAUAGAAUAAAAGUAGUUGUCCUGUUGACAUAACCUACUCCCACCCUGAGAGCUGGAGAGAGAGUAGAUAGACAACAGAGGGACAACAUUAAUUCCUUUCUUCCCCAGGGUUAUCAAAAGGAGUAAGUCACCACAUAGCAUUAGGAGUCCGGUGCCCACUGGCAACCUUCCAGCAACCUCGGCAGGAUUUAACAUGGAGAGGAAAAAUGGGGGGAUAUGGGUGGAGCCAUUUAUCUUUUAUGUAUAUAUAUAUAUUCUUACCCUCAAAAUAGUGUAAACUCACAAAGAUCACAUCAUCCUUGACCAUGAUACUAAGACAUGUACUUUGUACAAAUAAAUUUCUGGUUAAAGAAGAUCAAAAGUAUUUCUAACUGUGUAUUAACUAAGGUUAUUCCUGGACUUUAACAAAUUUGAACUUAAGUAAAAACAGUCAUUUGAAAUAACAAUAGCUCAGAUCUCCUUCCUACAGAACCAUUAUGUACAGGACAUCCCCUUACUUAGCCCUUUAGCACUUAAUUUCUGAGAUAACCUGCCCCUUCAGGAAGCAACUGCCUCUGCAUUCUUUACCAGGAAAUACUGACCUGUAGGAAAAUGUUCUACUGUGUAUUACUACUGGGAAGUGGCAAAAUUGUUCACGGAUACCAUAAAGAAUUGUAUUCACCUUAUUAGAAUAAGAAAUGCUGUAUAUAUUAACCACUGCCUCAAAACAUGUAACAUUCUCACCCCAAUAAAGUUUUCUGC